AUGUCGAUGUUCAGCUCCUGUGAAGUUUGUGGCGAUCAGAGCUCGGGGAAGCACUACGGCGUUUCCUGCUGUGAUGGCUGUUCCUGCUUCUUCAAGCGCAGCGUGAGGAAGGGCAACCACUAUGCCUGCAUUGCGAUCAAAGGAAACUGCAUCGUGGAUAAGGCGCGCAGGAAUUGGUGUCCCUUUUGCCGCUUUCAGCGUUGUCUGGCGGUGGGCAUGAAUGUGGCUGCCGUUCAGGAUGAGCGGGGACCGAGGAACCAGCAGGCGACAGCUGUCUACAGGUACAGCCGCAGAUCCAUGCCCUCGCCACGCCUACCACAAACAGUGGUGGCUGCAGCAGGCGGGGGCCAGACGUUGCAUUUUCAGAUUCUCGCACAGAUUUUGGUUACCUGCCUGCGACAGGCGAUGGCGAACGAGCAAUUUAGCAGCUUGGAGCGGCCCCAACAGGACGCCAUCCUACAGGUGGUGUGGAGCGAGAUCUUCAUACUGCGGGCCUCGCACUGGUCGCUCGACAUUAGUGCUAUGAUUGAUGGCUGUGGGGAUGCACAGCUAAAGCGACUGAUAUACGAGGCACAACAGCUGAGGGCCGAUGUCUUGGAACUGAACUUUUUGGAGACGCUUAUUUUGUGCAGGAAAGAACUAGCUCUGAGUGCAGAGUAUGCCAUUAUACUGGGGACACACGCGAAUGGUGCUUUAAUGUCUCUGGCGCGUUACACUUUGCAUCAGUCGAACUAUUUGCGCUUUGGCCAGCUCCUACUGGGGCUGCGACAGCUCUGCCUACGUCGUUUUGACUGUGCUCUGUCCUGCAUGUUUCGAACAGUGGUUAGGGAUAUUUUAAAAACAUUAUAA